CGCUCGCUUCGAUGCCGUAACAAGCAAAAGGAAAACAGUUGCGGCCAAGUUUUUUUUGCUGCCACAAAAUGUUGCGCGCUGGCUAUCAAUUGUUGAAUCACUCGCCACUGGGCGCUGCCAAAACGGGCAGCAAUAAUUUUGCGUUGGAAUUUGUGCGCUGGCGCCGGAAGCCGCGUUGGUUGCCAGUGGCCAAGAGCAAAGUGUUCCGCGUGCCCGAGCGCAAGAAGCAGCCGGAGGAGGAGCGUGCGGAGCUUAUGCGUCUGCACAAUCAUUACAAAACGCAGCUGCGCUCAGUGCGUCAAUUUUUGAGAGCGGAAGUAGUGCGACAUGAGGAAACGUCCACAGCGGAUCACAUAGUGCUUACUCCCGAGCAGGAGGAGGCGGAGUAUCAGCUUUGCAUAGCUGAAAAUGCUGCCUGGAAUGCCAAAAUCGCCAGCGAGCGUGAGUUACGCUUGGCCAAGGAGCGCGAGGAGAAGGUGGCCUAUGUACAGGAGCGUUUGGAUGCGGGCAAGCUGCGUGAGGAGCUGCGUAGAGAGCGCGCCAGUGAGCACAUACGCCAUGAAAUCGAACAGUCCAAGACAUUCAUAACGCGCAGCAAUUUGGAUGAAGCCAUUGAAACGGCGCUCGCUAAUCCUGUGGAUCACAACUUUGCCAUUGAUAUGGCGGGCGCUAUGUACAAGGGACGCACUACACAGUCGCUGGGCAGCUCAGCUUAAGCUUUGUUAUAUUAUUAAAGUGGAAUUUUCCCAUGGAAUAUU